UCGCGACGUAAAUACUGAAAGAUUCAGGAGCUCGGCUCAAUUCAAAGCGGGCUUUCGUGAUCGGCGGACGCGUCCCGAUCUGAUACCCGCUCCCAGCUGACACACAGACACAACUUUACCAACAUGGGAACUAAGAAGAAAAAGGAACAAAAAAAGGAGCCCGAACAAACUUUGUCGUAUUAUCAAAUAUUCCGCUACGCAACAUGCACGGAAUUAAUGGCGACAAUUAUGGGCAUCAUCUUCGGGCUGGCCAGCGGUGGUGGUGUCUGCUACAACCUGGUGCAGAUCGGAGAGCUCAGCACCGCCUUCGUAGAGAGGACCACUUACACAGAGAGGCUUACCAGUUACUUACCAUUAACAGUAGCUUUCGGAGGAGGGAGGAGGCUGUUCAACGCUUCAUAUGAAGAGAAUAUGGUGGCCCUGAUAGAAGACGCCAAGGCGAUGGCGAUCGGCCUGUUCCUCAGUAUUGGAGUAUCAUUGAUCUUCUGCAUGCUGUCCGUUGGCCUGAUCAGUUGGAGCGCACUCCGCCAGAUAACGCGGAUACGGAUGAAGUUCUUGAAUGCUGUGCUGCGCCAAGACAUGUCAUGGUUCGACACGGAUUCUGAAUUCAAUUUGGCUUCAAAGAUGUCUGAGAACCUAAUGUCUUUGAAGGAAGGUAUGGGCGACAAGUUGGCAGUGGUGUCAAACCUUGUGGGCACAGCGAUCAUCUGCUUGUGCACUGCCUUCCCACUAGGAUGGGAGCUCACACUCGCCUGUGUAUCUAUCAUGCCGUUCUCGAUUGCUGUUUCUAUUAUAUUAACCAAUUAUCAAACAAAAUCAUCGAUAUUGGAAAUGGAGUCGUACAGUCAAGCGGGCAAGCAGGCAGAGGAAGUACUGAAGUCAGUGAAAACAAUAGUUGCAUUCAACGGGGAGAACAAAGAAGUCGACAGGUAUACCAAACUUCUUCAGCCGGCUGAGAAGCAGGGUCGGAAGCGUGGCCUUUACACUGGGCUUGGUAAUGGCUUUAAUUGGGUGCUCACUUACUCCCUGAAUGCUAUCGGCUUCACUUACGGAACCAGACUAGUAUUUAUGGACUGGGACAGUCCAGAAGGUGAACGGAAGUAUUUAGUUGGAGUUGUGUACAGUAUAUUGUUCAGCGUAUACAUGGCUACACAGUCGGUCACAUUCUGUGUGCCGCACGCAGAAGUAUUCGCUGCCGCACGAGGUGCAGCUUCCAGCAUAUUUCAAUUGAUUGACCGGGUGCCAUUGAUCGACAGUCUUCAAAAAGGAGGUUUAACUCCAAGAAGAGUUAUAGGAGAAAUAUCUUUGGAAGACGUACACUUUAGCUACCCAUCACGACCAGAAGUGAAGGUCCUAAACGGAUUUUCCAUUAAGAUCAAAGCUGGUGAAUGUGUGGCUCUAGUUGGAUCGUCCGGUUGUGGUAAAUCCACUAUACUGCAGCUAUUGCAAAGACUUUACGAUCCACUUUCUGGUUCCGUGAAACUUGAUGGAAAGGAUGUCAAAAACUUGAAUUUGGGAUGGCUUCGAUCAUGCCUAGGUGUAGUAGGUCAGGAACCGGUACUGUUCCGAGGAACAAUAUUUGAUAAUAUUGCCAUAGGCUUCCCUGAAGCUACGAGGGAAGAAGUUCAGACUGUAGCUGAAAUGGCUUACGCCCACGACUUUAUCACCAACCUUCCCAAUGGUUAUGAUACAGUGAUAGGAGAGCGCGGUGCUUCUCUAUCGGGCGGUCAGAAGCAGCGCAUCGCUAUAGCUCGGUCGCUGCUGCGUGAGCCAGCUGUUCUACUCCUGGAUGAGGCUACCUCUGCACUCGACCCACACUCCGAGCGACAGGUGCAAGCUGCCCUUGAUCGUGCGAGUGUCGGCAGAACUACUAUUAUGGUUUCACAUAGAUUAUCAACAAUAACCAACGCUAACCGCAUCAUAUGCAUGGACCAAGGUGCAAUUGUAGAAGAAGGCACACAUGAAGAACUUAUGAAGACCAAAGGUUUCUACUACAAAUUAGUGACCACAGGCAACGAAACUAAGGAACCUGAAGAAAUAGAAACCGUGGCUGAAGAAGGAGAUGGGGAAGAAAACGUAGAACCAGCACUAGCACCUCGUGCGGAUGUCAAGAGGAAGUCCAACAGACGUGUUCACAGACAUCAUUCUAUUAAGAAAGAUUCUCACGAUUGGAUGACUCCCCGAGGCUCAAUUUGCUCGGUAGUAUCAACUGGCUUACAAAAUUUCGUGUACAACGCUGAUUAUGAGUCGGAUGAAGAAAAAGAUGAGGAGGAAGAAAUUAAACCAGUAAGCGACUGGCAGAUCUUGAAGUUGAACGCACCGGAAUGGCCACUGAUCACUAUAGGAUCCAUAGCAGCGUUCGUUCAAGGUGCCUGCUUCCCUGUAUUUGCGUUGCUCUUCGGAUUUUCAAGCGGUAUCUUCAUCCUUGACGACAGAAAGGAAAUCAUUUACUUGGCUGAUCUUUACUCGGGGAUGUUCGUCGUGGUGGCUGCAGUGGCUGGUGUAUCCAUGUGUCUCCAGAGCACCACAUUCACCACCGCAGGAUUGAAAAUGACUACAAGGUUACGACAGCAAUACUUUUCAUCUUUACUUAAACAGGAAAUAGGUUUCUUCGACAAGGAAAGCAAUACAGUAGGUGCAAUGUGUGCACGACUCAGUGGAGACACGGCAGAGGUGCAGGGCGCUACUGGGCUAAGAAUAGGCCUUAUUCUUCAGGGAAUAAGCUCUGUACUCGUUGGCUUCUUGAUGGCGAUCUGCUAUAACUGGAAGCUUACCCUGGUCGGGACCGUGUUUCUACCUUUGAUGGUGGGCAGCAUAUGGCUGGAAGGUAUUGUUUCCCAACAAUCUCAGAUCAAUGAAAGAACCGCUAUGGAGGCAGCGACAGCUAUUGCAACAGAAGCAGUAGUCAGUAUCAAAACUGUUCAAAGCUUGGGCGUUGAGCUGGUAUUCCUUAAGAAGUUUGAAGAAGCUUUGAAUGAAGCCUGCUUGGCUGUCUCGAAGAAGACUCGCUGGAGGGGUCUGGUCUUAGGCCUAGGAGUUUAUGUACCCUUCAUGGCGUUCUGCAGUGCUACAGUCUACGGUGCUGUUUUGGUUGCCUAUGGAGAAAUCGAGUAUAAGAUUGUCAUGCUGGUCAACGAAGCCAUCAUGUAUGGAGCGUACAUGUUGGGUCAGUCUCUAGUGUACGUGCCAAGCUUCAACUCAGCUAAGACAUGCGGUGCUAGAAUCCUUGCUCUCAUCAAGAGAACACCGAGGGUCAAAACCGAAGAUGGAAUAAGGGACAAGAAAGAUUGGACUGCUACUGGAAACUUCAGUAUUCGUGAUGUAGAAUUUAGUUAUCCAACUCGUCCUCACUUGAGGAUUCUGAAAGGCAUUGACCUAAAGGUUGAUGCUGGCAAAACAGUGGCUUUAGUUGGAUCCUCCGGCUGUGGCAAGUCCACUAUCUUGCAACUGAUGCAGAGGUUUUAUGACCCUGAUUCUGGUAACAUUGAGCUGGAUAGUCGUGACAUAAGAUCGUCUCUCACAUUGCCACGGCUGCGUCGUCAGCUGGGCGUGGUGCAGCAAGAACCUAUACUCUUCGACCGCACACUCGCUGAGAACAUUGCCUAUGGAGACAAUAAUAGGAAGGUCACCAUGCACGAAAUCGUGGCUGCUGCAAAGGCAGCUAAUAUUCACAGUUUCAUCGUCUCGUUGCCCAAAGGCUACGACACAAACCUUGGAUCUGGCGGAGCGCAGCUGUCUGGCGGUCAGAAGCAGCGAGUGUGCAUUGCGCGCGCGCUCAUUCGGUCGCCACGACUCUUGUUACUCGAUGAAGCCACCUCUGCACUAGACGCGAACAGUGAACGGGCGGUUUCGGAAGCUUUAGAGAAGGCAGCCAAGGGUCGUACGUGUAUCACCAUUGCACAUCGGCUGUCCACUAUCAAAGACGCAGACCUCAUCUGUGUGCUUGAUAAAGGUAAAAUUGUGGAACGAGGCACCCACUCAGAACUCUUCAACCAACGAGGCUAUUACUGGAGAAUGUGUAAAGGACAAAACAUGGCUUAACAUUAUCGUGAAAGAAGAUUGUAAUCAUCAACUUCUAAAACAAAUGCUACUCAGUAUUUUUAAAAAUAUGUACAGUUAAUUCACAAAUAAACAUCUCUUUAUGACAAUUAAAAAAAUGGACCUUCCCCGAAACUAUGAACUAGGAUUUCCGAAGAUGUCCAUUUUGCAGUAUUAAGGAUAGGCCAUAUAAUGCUUUUAAAUUGUCUUCAACUACUUUAUUUAACAAUGAAUCUUAUAACAAAUAGAUCACUACUAGGUACUUAUAAAUAUAUUUUUAUAACGUUAAUUAUUUAAGUUUCCUCAUUGCUAAGAUAUUGAUAAAUAUUUUUAUAAAAUAACGAAUUUUACAAUGGCAAUAAUGUAUGUUAUUUUUAAUGAUAUUUUAUACGUAGGAUAACACAGUAAGAUAUGUUAAGAAAAAUGAAUGAUUUUGUUUAAUGAAGCAACUGUGGUUUUGUGCGGUUGCUUACAAUGCACAGAGAUCUUGACCAAUCCAAGUAAGAUAAGUUUUAUAUUUAGUAUAUCAUGAAAAUUUGAUUGGCAAUAAAUGUUUUGAAACUUGUGCUGGACACAACGCGUAUUAAGGAGUGAAUAGUAGAUAUGACAUUUGGACUUUUUAUAUUCUCAAGUAUCAAUUUUACAAGCUCGUUUGAACUUGUUAUCUGUACCUAUGUGCAAAUUACAAGAUUGUUUUUUUUUUUUAAUCUUUAUUUUAUUAAAAGGGCUUUUUUCCAUACAGAAGAUUUCAGCCCUAUUAUUGUGUACAAAAUUCAGUAUUGUUAAAACUUAUCACAUUCCUGAUAUCACAAUAAUAGUGUGGAAGAGCCCUCAAAAUAGAAUGUUACAUAAAGCCAUAUAUGUUAAUUUUU